AUGAAGAAAUUAUUCCUUCCCUUGUUGGAAAAUGGUCGGAGAUUUUUCUGCUCACACAGCCACAUGUUUGUACCUGCCAACCGACCAAUGUUGGAAGAGGAACUAAACACAUUACAAAACUUUCUCCGACAGGCGGGCCGUUUGUUCGUCAUGACCGGAGCAGGAGUUUCCACUGAGAGCGGUAUUCCCGAUUACCGAUCAGAAAAGGUUGGCCUCUAUGCAAGAACUGACCAUCGUCCGAUCCAAUAUCAAGAAUUUUUGAAAAGUGCUGAUCGCCGUCAAAAGUAUUGGGCCCGUAAUUUUGUAGCUUGGCCGCAGUUCUCCUCUUUCCAGCCCAAUAUCUGUCACGAAGUCUUGGCUCAGUGGGAAAGAGAGGGUCGCAUUUCGUGGCUGGUCACUCAAAAUGUUGAUGCCCUUCACACUAAGGCUGGCAGUCGGAGGGUCACUGAGCUGCACGGCUGUUCCCACAGAGUUCACUGCUUGAACUGUUCAUAUGAGAUGACCAGGUCGGAUAUGCAGAAGUUAAUCACCGAAUUUAAUCCCGACUGGAAUAUUGAGAGUGUUGACAUCGCCCCUGAUGGAGACGUUCAGUUGAAAGACGAGCAAGUUAAAGAUUUUAAGGUGCCGCCUUGUCCAAAUUGUGAAGGUGUCUUGAAACCGGAAAUAAUAUUUUUUGGUGAUAAUGUUGCCAGAUCAACAGUGAAUUUCGUGUUUGAGAAAAUCCGAGAGUGUGAUGCUGUAUUGUUGUUAGGAACAUCUUUAUAUAUCUAUUCUGGUUAUAGGUUUGUAUUGGCUGCUCAUGAACAAAAGAAACCAAUCGGUGCUGUGAAUAUUGGUAAGAUUCGUGGCGACAAUUUACUGGACUUUCAAAUUAAUGCUCGAUGUGGUAAAGUUUUUGAGCGUUUAAAGAUCACUUCAGCAAAAAAAAUUAUUUGUUGA